CAUCAGCACCCCAGUCUGAUGAAGGCUCUGACAUAGAUUCUGAACCAGAUUUACCUUUAAAAAGAAAGCAGCGUCGCAGCAGGACAACCUUCACGGCAGAGCAACUGGAAGAGCUGGAAAGAGCUUUUGAGAGGACACACUACCCUGAUAUUUAUACUAGGGAAGAACUUGCGCAAAGAGCCAAACUCACAGAGGCUCGUGUCCAGGUCUGGUUUAGUAACCGUCGCGCUAGAUGGAGGAAACAGGCAGGAGCCAAUCAACUGAUGGCUUUCAACCAUCUGAUCCCAGGAGGAUUUCCACCCAGUGCCAUGCCAACUUUGCCGACGUACCAGCUCUCUGAGCCCUCCUAUCAACCCACCUCCAUACCGCAAGCUGUGUCUGAUCCAAGCAGUACCGUCCAUAGACCUCAGCCUCUUCCUCCAAGCACUGUACACCAAAGCAGCCUCCCUUCGAAUCCAGAGAGCAGCUCUGCCUAUUGCCUACCCAGCACCAGGCAUGGAUUUUCCAGCUAUACAGACAGCUUUGUGCCUCCGUCCGGGCCCUCAAAUCCCAUGAACCCUGCCAUUGGCAAUGGCCUUUCACCUCAGGUAAUGGGACUCCUGACUAACCACGGUGGUGUGCCUCACCAGCCCCAAACCGAUUAUGCCCUGUCCCCUUUAACUGGGGGCCUGGAGCCCACCACCACUGUGUCAGCCAGCUGCAGCCAGCGGCUGGAUCAUAUGAAGAGUUUAGACAGCCUGCCUACGUCCCAGUCCUACUGCCCACCAACCUACAGCACCACGGGUUACAGCAUGGACCCUGUCACAGGCUACCAGUAUGGACAAUAUGGACAAAGUGCCUUUCAUUAUCUGAAGCCAGAUAUUGCAUAAAUGAACUGUCCACUUCAAGUUAAAGCUGGUCUUGUUUUCCGGUCUCACUCCAAGGCUUGGAUACGAGGGAUCUUCUCAACACACUGCAGU